GUGUGAUCACACGGGCACACGCUCUCACCCAGACACGCUGCACACGUCCACGCGGACGCAUACACACACACAUACCUCGCUCGUACACAUUCUAAUACACACACACACACUUUCUUAUACACACAAUCUCCAGCAUACAAACUGUUAUAAACACACGUGUACAUGCAUAGGUACUCGGGAUCACACAGACAUACAUGCUUACAUAACAACUAUACCUUUAACACAACGCUCAGUAACGCACACGCUCUUUCAAACACGCAGGCAAACUCUACAAAGACAAAGAUCCCCCGUAUAGCCUUAACAGGUUGUCGGGGCAAGUGCUGUUAGCGAGCACCUAUUAUCAACAAAGACAAAGAUCACCCGUAUAGCCUUACACACACACUGUUGAGACAUGUGCUGUUAGCGAGCACCUAUUACACACACUCACUCACUAACACACAAACCCGCACCCUCUCUACUCAUGGAUUCCCAACUGGACCGCGACUCCCCGUCUCGUUGCAAACGAAUCUGCGGCUCCUUUGUGCUUCUCGACAUCGCGUGCCUCCUCAUAGCCGCCCUGCCGUUCCUCGCGCUGGAGCUCAACAUCGUGAGCCCCAUUCACCGGGGCUUCUACUGCGGGGACCAAACCAUCUCCUACCCCGUCACGAGCGACACGAUCUCGGACGGGGCGCUCAGCGCCGGGGGGGUUCUCAUCACCGUCGUCAGCGUGGUGCUGGUGGAAUGCAUCCGGGGCCGCUCCCAGCUGCGGCGGGAUCCUCUGCGCGGAGGGAACCUGGUGCCGAACCUGUACCGCCUGGUGGGCUCCUUCCUGCUGGGGGCCGCGGCGAGCCUCUCACUCACCGCACUCGCCAAGACGUGGACCGGGCGUCUGCGCCCUCACUUCCUGUCCGUGUGCCGCCCGGACCCGGCGCUCACCGACUGCUCGCAGGGCUUCAUCACGGAAGACGUGUGCACGGGCAACCCCAAGCUCGUGACGGAGGCGCGGAAGUCGUUCUUCUCUGGCCAUGCAUCCUUCGCUAUGUACAGCAUGGUCUUCCUCGUUCUGUACGUGGAGGCUCGUCUGCGCUGGCAAGGGGCGCGUUCGCUGCGCCCGCUGCUGCAGGCCGUGGCGUUGCUGCUCGCCAUGUUCGUGGGCCUCUCGCGCGUCUCCGACUACAAGCACCACGUGGGCGACGUCGCCGCCGGGUUCCUGCAGGGGGGCCUGGUGGCCGUGUUCGUGGUCUUCCACAUCUCGGGCCUCUUCCCCCGGGAGGUGCGGUUGGAGUGGAGUCGCGUCCCCAGCCCAACGUCGAACCCGUCGCCUCCGUCCGCGGGGACCCCCAGCAUCGGCGGCAGCGGCAGCGGCAGCGGCGGAGGCGGCGAGGACCACCUCAACGGCAACGGGAAGCUGGCGGGCGACCUGGCGCUCACGGGGCGGCUCAUAAUGGCCUAAAGGGCCACAGCUUCGAGAGACGUUCAUCGUUUCCCAUCGCGGAGACUCAACGGGGGCCAAUGCGCGGCUCACCUGGUCCGCUGCGUCCCCCGACGCUCGCAAAAUCGAACACGGAGGCGACCGCAUCCCCCGAUGCAUCGUCCCAUGGCUGGCGCGAUUUGAAAUAGCCAAUCGCUGUUGGGCAGCGUCGGUGCGGUUUAUCUAAUCAUAUCCCUGCAUUUGUUUGGACGAUGGGCCCGCGGCUCACAUGCAGACUGGGAGGGAAGCUUUGCAUCUUAAUGAAGCUCAUGCCCUCCCGGUUGAUGCGUCGCCGUCGAUUUAAUUUAAAUGUCGAUAUAGCGACGACGGAUGAGUUUGCGGCCGCACACAUGGGAGGUCACAAUCUGGUCUCUGGAUGAGAGAGAGAGAGAACUCUGAUGAUGUCACGCUGGGGCUUGAGUCGUCGGGCACGCAAUGUCGGCUUCCAACGAAACUUGAACUUGAUGUCGGCUUCCAACGAGCGGUGGGGGGGAACGAGGAUCAAUGGUGGGGAGGAAGAGUGACGAGGAAAAUGUGGCAGGAGGAGGACUGCGGGGUGACCUUCAUGCGACUCGUCCACUGCGAGCCCAGUUCCUGAGGACCCUCAUGUUACUUUACAAGGCGGUGGUCCAAAUGUCUUGUAACCCCUCCCCCCGCCCAUUGCAUUCUCUAAAACUUAAAAAAUAUUCAAGCGAGGUUUAUUUAAAACAGAAGCGUAUAUACAAAGGGGAAAAAAUGUUAGGGGGUCAAUUAAUUUGGGGUGACAAGACAUCUGGACCACCCUGCACAUCUUAUAUAUAAUCUAACCACUAGUUGCUAUAUAAUUAUACCGGACGACUGACGCGGGGUGAACCACUCUUUAUUACAAAGCAUGAAGGAAUGUCCUUAACGCUCGUGACGUCACUCCACAUCGACCAGCCCCCCUCAUUAAUAUUCAUGAGCAGGUGACGUCCUCCAAAUGUACACCCCCCCCCACCCCUCAUUAAUAAUCAUGAGCGGGUGACGUCACUGAAUAUGGAGUACUCCUCCCCCCCCUCGUUAAUCAUGAAAAGGUUACGUCCUACAAAUGUACACCCCCCCACCCCUUAUUAAUAUUCAUGAGCCGGUGACGUCACUGAAUAUGGAGUACCCCCCCUCACUAAUAAUCAUGCGCAAGUGACGUCACGCCACAUCGAACAGCCCCCCUCAUUAAUAAUCAUGAGCAGGUUACGUCCUACAAAUGGACACCCCCCCCCCCCCAUUUUUAUUACCUACUUUAAUGAGCCAAGAAUGUCUGUGUGCAACACUCGUGACGUCACUCCAGGUCUACAGCCCCCUCAUUAAUAAUCAUGAGCAGGCAACGUCACUCCACAUGGAGCACCCUCCCCCCUCAUUAAUAAUCAUAAGGUGACGUCCUCAAAAUGGACCCCGCCAUUCAUAAUAAUUAGCGACUGACGUCACUCCACAUGGGGGGGGGCGAAGCGCCUCCUCCCCCCUCCUCGGCGUCCACUCACAACCCUCACCACAAAGGCAGAACCCUCACGUCACGCGAUCUCCGUAACGCUGUUGAGACAUCAAAGUAAAAAGGACGUCAUGAUGAACAAGGGAUUAUAACCUUUAAAUGAAAUAGCUCUGUGUCACCGCGGCCUUACAAAUUGCACACGAAUUGAUGCAAUGAAUAUAGCAAGUCGCGGUCUGCUUUUUCGCUUGCAAGUUUCAGAUUUACUGCAAUGCACCCGUCGUCCUUGGACGGGCAAAAGGCUCGUGAAGGAAUAAUCGUGUUAGGUGAGAGAGAGCGAGACACGGCGUCCGCUUUUCCAAGAAUGUUCUGCAAGACUAGCGGGAACAUAACGGGGACGUUUCGGCCCCGACAACCGCCGCCACAACACGAGAACAUCACCCACCGGGGAUAGAAAUGCGUUGAUGAGUCAAUGGAACCGUGGAACAGACGCGCUUGCUCGGCCUGGCACGAUUCAUUUAAAUCGGAUUGUUACAUUCACAAUACGAGCAUUGAAUCGUUUCGUGUAAGAGUCGAUGACUGCGUAUUUGAAGGGCCCAUCAUGGGUUGUAAUAAGGAUGCGUGUCACCAUGUUGAGGGGGUAAAACACAACUCAAAAAGACCACGACGUCUGUUUGACAUCACGUGGUGGGAAGGCGAAAUGGAGCAAACAAACAAACAUCGUAACGAUUGGAUCGUACAGAAAAGGAGGCGACAAUAAUGACGACUGUGUCAGCUCGUACAAUCGCCGUGGACUCGUGAAUCGUCCCCAAAGUUCGAUCUCUGCACUCGGGACGAGCAGCGCCGGGAAUUCCACCCCGUGGGUGGUUCCACAUCACGUGAUCGGCCGUGCCCCUAUUGUGACGCUCAAGAGUCACGUGCGAGUUCUCGGGAGGUCACGUGGCUCGACUCGGCAAUACGACGGCGGGUGAACUGCGCUUGUGAACAAAUUGGUAAUUUACGCCCGCGGCUGCUUCGAUUAUAAUCGAGCUCCAAAUAAUUAUUUGGAGCUUCUCACUCGUCUAGGGGGCCGUCCAUAAAUGACGUCACGCACCUAGGGGGGUGGGGUCAGACAUUUGUGACGAUGUGUGACGAGGGUGGGGUGAGAAAUUUGACAUCACUAAUUGUUAUAACACUACAAUGACAAUAGUUUAAAGCGAUUUGAAGCAUGUUUUAUUUUCAAAAUUGUUUGGGGUGGGGGGGCAGAGCUUUCUGACGUCAUAUUUGAGGGGAGGUCUGACUUUUUGUGACGCCGUGUGACGAGGGGGGGGGGGAGUCAAAAAUCGUCCAAAAUCGCGUGACGUCAUUUAUGGACGGCCCCUAGGGUUUCCACGACGUAUUGCCCCGCGUGGUCGUAUUCUUGUAGGGAAGUUAACCGGUUACUUUAGGAAACAAUCUAUUAAAUAUUCUACGGCUUCACCCCUCCCCCCCCCAUGUUAUUCUGUAUAGGUAAGCAAAACGACGGUUUUAUAUUAUCCGUGCUUUCAUUUCGUCCAGGCCACCGUGGGUGCAAUGGAGAAUAUUGUCUGUGCCACGUGGCCGUUUUCAAACCCCUUGUUCGACCCACGUGGCCAGCCGCGGCCUUGUUAAAGUAUUAUAGUUUAACUGCAGUCGUUUGCACGCCCAUCUGAAGAGCUCGCUAAUGUUUAGUGUUGUGAUACAUAUAUAUACACAAUUGUAUUGCGAUGCAAAUAAACAUCCCGGAUUUAUUUGAA